AUUUACGCAGGAAUAUCCUACCGGCAUGCCACAAAUAGAAAGAGACGUGCAAGAAAAUUGGCAAAUCUGGCACGAGACAGGAGAAAAGUGUCCAACGGGGACGAUUCCCAUACGUCGGGAUUUGGAUCCGAAGGUGUCUCACAAAAAGAAGCCAAAGGUUCACGAGGUCCCCAACAGCGCUAAUAUGGGACACAAGUAUGCUAUCGCAUAUAUGAUAGACCGACAACAAGUGUACGGUACAAGGGCAACAUUCAAUGUCUGGGCGCCAAUUGUAGAAGAGUCCACCGAUUUUAGCCUCGCACAGAUUUGGUUGGCAUCCGGGUCAUACGAGACUGCGGAUCUCAGUACCGUAGAAGCGGGUUGGCAGGCGGAUGGAUAUAACAACACCGGGUGUUAUGGCCUCGACCGUCCUGGAUUUGUGCAGACUAGCAGUAACAUCGCCAUAGGAGCUGCGAUUGGUCGCACCUCAACAUUUGGAGGCACCCCGUUUGACAUGACGCUUCAGAUCUGGAAGGAUCCGUUUUCAGGACAUUGGUGGCUGGCUGUGGGCCCCAAUAUAGUGCCGAUCGGGUACUGGCCGGCCACAAUUUUCACGACCUUAUCCGAUCAUGCGACGAGGGUUGAAUGGGGAGGAGAAGUAUUAUACCGAAACCUCUCUGGCGUGAACACGGUGGCCCAAAUGGGUUCAGGGGAAUAUGCCGACAAAGGCUACGGAAAAGCGGCAUAUUUCUGCAAUCUGAAGGUGGCAGAGAACAACCACACCCUUCUCCCGGUCCAAGAUUUCGGCGUUCUAGCCGAUCACCCAAAAUAUUAUACCGUUAAGAAGUCGUCAAACCGCAAUUGCGGUAACCACUUUUAUUUCGGCGGACCAGGGCCUCAACGUUCGGGGGCGUUUUUCUGAAGAUAAGAAGCUGUGUACUAAAAGAUGUUGGUUAUGCUUUUCACUUGAGUAUUUAUUUUUACCAAUGUAUCCACGUUGAUGUUCGGGGAACAUUAUCUGUUAUUUUUGGUCUGAUCAUGGUCUACUCUACAUCAACAUAAACGAGGGUCAUAUGAUCACUCAUAUAAGUCUGUUGAGAAUCUUUCAUUGUUUCACUAGCAUCUGCCACUGAUUGAAUAAAUUCGAGAAAAAGCG